UCUGGAGAUCUCGUCCCUCUUACCAUCAUCAAAGGCGCAAGCCAUGAACACAUCCCAUUCCCCAGCGGAGAAAAUGCCACCGUCGCCGACUUUCACUCCAUCCGCACAAGCACAACAGACUCACCCUCCUACCUAACCUCCGGCUUCUACAGAAUCGAGUCGGGCAAAUCCUACCCUUCUCACUACGCUUACGAGGAAACAAAAUACGUGAUCAGCGGCCAGAUCGACGUCCUAGACGAAGCUACGGGUGUCACGCAUCAUUUGGUUGCCGGCGACUUUGCUUUCUUCUAUGUGGGCAGCAAAGUGGUGUUUUCGACUCGGUCGGCGGGGUUGGCAUUUUAUGCUGUGACGAGGGCUGUCAAGGCUGCGCACCCGAAUCUUGCGGGCAGAGAGGAGGAUGUUAGUAAGUCAAAGUCAAAGUUGUGA